AUGCAGCAGCUUAUCCGUCAGUGCAAAGAGACGCUACGCUCUCUAGGAUUUGAUUUGUUUGUCCCUUUUAGCGUGCAGCACUACAAUAGUUUGGUUCAAAAACGGUUUCAGGUUAGCGAUUACGGGAGAGAAAACACUUUGGCAAUUCUGAUCGGGAAUACUCGGAAUUUAUGGACUCCAUUUAUUAAGCAUUUGUGUGAAAUUGAUUAUCAGUGCGAUCAAGAUCCGAAUCCACUUGACUCUUACACAAAGUCUUGUGUCACUUCAUCUUUCCAGAUCUUUCCCGUUGAGCAAGAUAUUCACUACACUUGGGAAAUGACGCGUGGACGCAUUCUUCCUUUCCAACGCAUAUCUGAAAUUAGCGGGUUAUGCGAAAACAGCAAACUAAGUCAUUUGACCUACCAUCCCAAGUAUAGUUCCUGGAUCGGUCUUCGCGCAGUGGCGAUUCUCAACGCCGAUUUUGAAGAUGCAAAAGAAUUCGCUCUUCCUCCCAUCCAGCCGUGCAUUUGUCAAGAAUGCGAUGAGAAGGCGAAAGUGGUCUUAGAUGAGUUAAUGCGCACAACGGAUUACAUGGAGCUGCAUAGAAACGACGAAGUCUGGAGGAGAUGGCUGUCAUUACGAACCAUCUGCGAGAAACAGCCGUACGUGUAUUCGUGGCCGCAAGCGGCUUACCACUAUUCAAAGAAUCAGAAGUACUUGGUUGGGGAGAAGGAGCGGAUGCAGAAGGGAACGUUUGAGCUGGAUUAUGAUUGGGUGGCAGACUUUAAUAAGGAUAUUUUGGGAUAUAAGAGGGAGAUAUUUUUUUGCGUUUGUUCUAUCAUACCACACAAAAUCAGGCGAAAAAAGAGAGAGUUUGUCACAAAUAUCUAG